GGUAAAAGCAGUGGGAUAUUUGGUUCUCCAGAGGCCCCAGCCGAGCAACGGAGACCCGUACCCCCAGGCGGCAACACCAGCAACAUCUUCGGAGGGCUAGAGAGCGCCCCUCCCUCGGUCAAAGCCCAUUCCAACAAGCCAAAGGUAAUCCAGACCACCCCUGUCCCCCAGUCUCUCCCAUUCCAAAUGACUAAUGGUUAUGAGUUGCUAAUUUGCAUGAUGUGUAGGGUAUAUUGACAUGUUAUCCCUAUUAUUCCCAGGACAACAUUUCUGUGGGUGAAAGUGCCAUGCCCAUUCCUGAGCCCCCAGGUGAGUUUGACACUGAUAAUGGCUAACACUUUAGAGCCCGCUGUCUACCAGGCAGUUACUAGAAAUUACUUGUUGACUGCGCUAAUAAUGACCUAAUAAUUGCGUAGUAAUUGACACCAAGUCUUAUGUACCAUUUGGUACGAGGUAAAUCUCGCUCUGUUUCUCCUCUCUCAUCUGUUUCUUUUAUCCCUCUCUUUCUCUCUCUCUCCCUUUCGCUCUCAGCUCCUCAGCCAAAGGAGAGCCCGGCCAAAGAGGUGAAGGAGGAGGACGUAGCAUCCCCUCCCCCCACACCCACCAAAGCAGCGGUGGAGCCUGCGCCUGCUCCCUCGGCCAAGAUGCCAGAGCCAGAGGUCUCCCUUAGUGAGCUCUCACUGAAGGACCACGAGCCCCACCUCGGCCCCCGCCCCCGCUCCCACAACAAGGUCCUUAACCCCCCAGGAGGGAAGUCUAGCGUGGUCUUCUACUGA